AUGGCGACCAGCUCCUCCAUGAGCCUCCUCGGGGCUUUCAGAGGCCUUUCUAUCGCCACGGCCCCGGCCACGAGGCCCUCGCUGGGUCGCUGCCUCGCCGCCGCCUCCCGACAGCAGAGACCAUCCCCGAUCCCCAGCAAUGCAAGGGCCUUCUCCGCGACGGCCGCCCAGGCGAACUGGCUGGAGCCGCGGAUGGAGAGAAAGAAGAAGAUGAUGAAGGGGCGCCCGCGCGUAGCGACCGGUGGCUCCAUCAAGGGAACCACAGUGGCCUGGGGCGACUACGGCCUGCGCAUGACCGAUCACCACCGAAGGAUCAGUGCCCAGCAGCUGAAGAUUGCCGAAGAUACCAUCAAGGCGCGGUUGCGUGGUGAGAAGUACCGACUGUACAAGCGGGUGAACUGCGAUGUUGGCGUCUUCGUGAGCGGCAAUGAGAUGCGUAUGGGUAAAGGAAAAGGAUCCUUCGAUCAUUGGGCCACAAGGGUCGCAGUCAACCAGAUCGUUUUGGAGCUGAAGGGAAUGGUCCACGAACAGAUUGUCCGCGAUGCGUUCCGUCUCGCAGGAAACAAGCUACCCGGCCAAUGGGAGUUUGUGAAGAAGGGAGCACCCCCUGUGGUGGGCAUGACAAAGUUGUGGAAGGGUGUCACCCUCGAGGAGCUGAAGAGGCCCCGGAGGAAAGUCUCGGCCGACAAGCUGCAGCCAGUGCCCUCUCCGUCUACAACAUCAGAGGCCCCCGAGCCUCUAGGCGCAGCUCCAUGA